ACACUUUGACUCCACUUCCUUAAAUUCGCAGUGUGUUUCUCAGCGUGCGUGCGACUUGACCACGCUCGUUUUAACUGCACACGUCCUCUUAGCAGCAGUAGCAGCGGGGUCCGAGCCGUGGUGGUCCAAUGGCGGGUCCGAGGAGCACAGCCGGGGCGACAAGAAGCGGACAGAGGGCACAUCUGGCGACCCCCGUACUUCUCGCGCUGCUCACCUGCUGCGUCAGGUGCGCGGACAGUGCCAAACCGAGCAAUAUCGUCCUCAUCCUCACCGACGACCAGGACGUUCAGCUGGGGGGGAUGGUGCCCAUGAAGAAAACUAAAGCCUUAAUAGGAGACGCAGGAGCAACGUUUGUGAACGCUUUCACAGCCUCACCACUGGGCUGCCCCAGCAGGAGCAGCAUCUUGACGGGUCGGUACCCCCACAACCACGAGGUGAAGAACAACUCGCUGUCUGGGAACUGCUCCAGUCCUCUGUGGCAGAAGGGCCCCGAGGCCGAGGCCUUCCCCAUCUAUCUCAGCAAACAGAAGUACCAGACGUUCUUUGCUGGGAAGUAUCUUAACCAGUACGGUGAGAAGGAGGCAGGUGACGUCGCCCAUGUUCCGCCCGGCUGGGACCAGUGGUACGCACUGGUGGGGAACUCCCAGUACUACAACUACACAUUGUCGGUCAACGGCAAAGAAGAAAAGCACAGCGACAGUUAUGAAAAGGACUACCUGACAAACCUCAUCGUGAACCGCUCUCUACGCUUCCUGGAUGACAGGAGUCCUCAGCAUCCCUUCUUCCUGAUGUUGUCUCCUCCAGCUCCUCACUCCCCCUGGACAGCAGCACCUCAGUACCAGGGAGAGUUCAGCAACGUUAAAGCCCCACGAGAUGGGAGCUUCAACAAACCGGGGAAGGCCAAACACUGGCUGCUGCGCCAGCCUGUCAACCCCAUGACCGACAGCUCGCUCGCCUUCCUGGAUGAUGCUUACAGGAGAAGGUGGCGGACCCUGUUAUCUGUGGACGACAUGGUGGAGGCACUGGUCAAAAAGCUUGACAGUAUAAAAGAACUGAACAACACCUACAUCUUCUACACCUCAGACAACGGCUACCACACAGGUCAGUUCUCUCUGCCCAUUGAUAAGAGGCAGCUGUACGAGUUUGACAUCAGGAUCCCGCUCAUGGUCCGUGGUCCUGGCAUCAAACCAAACCAGACUCUGCAGGCACCGGUACUGAACAUUGACCUGGCCCCCACCAUACUGGACAUAUCUGGUGUCAACCUGUCCUCUGUGAAUGUGGACGGGCAGUCCUUUCUUUCCCAGAUGGCCCCCUCACUGCGUAAUGGCACCGCCCGUCCGUUCUUCCUCGUUGAAUACUCUGGAGAGGGACAUCCAACCACAGACCCCAUUUGUCCUAAACUAGGACCUGGUCUCUCUCAAUGCUUCCCUGACUGUGUGUGCGAAGACGCCUACAACAACACCUACGCCUGCAUCAGGACCCUCGACAGCGAACACAACCUGCAGUACUGCGAGUUUGCCGACAGCGAGUCGUUUGUAGAGGUGUACAACCUGACGUCAGACCCCCACCAGCUGCAGAACAUCGUGAAGCAGGUGGAUCCCUCCGUCCUGCAGAUCAUGAACCAGCGCCUCAUAAAGCUCCAGUCCUGUGCGGGCAACAGCUGCCGUGACAUCAAGCAAAGGAGACGCACACCACAGUACUGAGUGUGCACGCUCUAGGAAGCUGCCAAACACUGACUACAUCACACUCACAGUGGGUGGCGGGGUCGGUUCUUCGUAGGAGAGUAGCGUAGGCCUUUGCAACAGAAGACAUUUGGACACGUCUCAGGUGUAAUAAGUUUUGUUUAGCUGCUUCAGGUUCUGGGUCCUAGUGUGUUUGCUGUCUCAGUGGGACACCUGAACACAACACAGACACUAGAGGACUAGUGUGUUCUGGGAAAUACACUUAUUUGCUUUCUUGCUGUGAAGCAGAUGAUUGAUAGCGCUGUCGUGUCUGCCUGGAAAAUAUGCAGCAUAAAGACAGGAAGCAGGUGGAAACUGCUGGUCUCCGCCUGUCAGCACCUUCAGAUAUCACUAAACCAGAACCACUAUGCCCGCCUCUUUCUUGUUGGGACCAAUAACAUAAUGUCCAGGACAAGACAAAUCAUUCUUACAUGUCAGUUUUGUCUGAAUCCUUAGUGUGUCUCCCAGAAUGUUGGACUUUCCCUGAGCUGUCACCAGUAACACCUGUGACGUCCAACUGUCUGCUGUGAAAAUGGCCCGUUUUUCUGAACAGUACUUAGAUUUUCUCUUCCUUCCUGUGCAGCCAGGACUUGUUCUGCCACUCGGUCCCUGCUGGUUUCUCCAAUCUGCACUAUAAACCUUCUUUAACAUGGUUAGUGUUCACAGAAACAUGCUACAGUAUUUGUCAGAUGUGAAGAUGCACAACCAAAGGUUUGCUGGUGCACUGUAGCUGCCUCUCAUCAUCCCUUUAGAGGAAUGGUUCCACCAUUUUAGGAUUGGAUCUUCAUAGUUUUCUUGCAGAGUAUUGGAUUAAAAGACUCAUGUCUCUGCAUUUCAUCAGUUACUUUAGCACAGCAGCAGAAACAUCUGUCCCGGACUGACAGUCCACCUGCCAGCAGCUCUGAAGCUCCCCACUCAACACGGUUUAAUUCUUACAAGAAGUUAAGUGUGAACAUGACAAAUUGCAGUUUGUGUGGGAGUUGGCUGGUUUACCUGGUGAGAAACAGUCUGGCAUUAACACCAAAGUCACAACUUGUCAUUUUGACACAUCAGGGUUUGAUCCGAUUAAACGGGGGAUGAUGAAUGAGUUUUUGAGCUUCAGAGCUGCUGGACGUCCCUUUACAGAUGUCUUAUAACAAGAUUUUCCAAAAUGCUGGACCAUUCCACUGGGUUACUGGACGUGUGCAGAGCACAGCUCUGGUUUUCCAAACCUUGUUGAACUCCUAGCUUUGUCUCUACUGCACUUUGAGUGAAGUUAAAGCAACAGUUUUUCCAAAUGGACACAGUUUGGCAUGUGCCUACUUUGUGCCUCAGAUUGAAAGAACAGCUUUUAAAAUUUUUAAUUCAGGUGUUUGCUUAGUACAGUAUUUUACACUGAAUAUUAAUAGUCACAUUAGUACAGAGCCUUUUUAAGAAGGAAAAGUGCUGUGAUACUUUUGAGAUGUUUUCUAAUUGUGAGGAACCUUGAAGGGAAAUGCUGUCGGGUAACAUCUGAGAUGAAUGCCUUAAUCCCAAGUGCCUUGUUAUUUGCACUGACAAGGCGCAUGUGCCUUUAAAUGUGAAUGUAUUUCCACUGUGAUCAAUUAAAAUCUAUCAAAAGAAGCAUUUAA